GUUCAUUCAGCCACCUUCAGCUCGUCUAGGCAUGCAUCCACCAGACACCGCCAUACAAUAUGAUCCAGUUAGGCACGCUGUGGCUAAGCAGGCAGUGACGUGUCACCGUCCACGGGUGCGGCACAAAUCUUCAAGAGUCUACCAUUUGCCUUGAUUCAAACUUCAAGGCUUUCCGCAAUCUUAUUGCCACGGCAGCUUCGGUUGAUCUGACAAAUUUCAUCACGAAAUCAAGCUCGAAGCAAAGGGCAACACCGUGUAUAAUGCGGCUUUGGAGCAUACUGGUGACAAUCGCUUAACAAAGUCAUUACGGGGGAUUUGAUCUACGCCAUACAAGAUGACAUUGGGCCUUCUCAAUGACCCUCAGCACGCCGCUUAUUUCUUCAUCACCAUUUUCCUCAUGCCCUUCGCAGUCUUGGCCGUCUUGCUUCGAUUCCUCGCAGUUAGGCGUUCGUCUAUGCAUCAUCAAUCCGAAGACUGGCUCGCACUCGCUUCGCUUUUUCUUUAUCUUGUUUUUGAUGGCGUCACUUUGGCCGUGGACAUAAUUGGGGAAGGUCGAGAUAUAUCAGGUCUCAUCAAGGACCCAGAAGAUCUUAUGCCAGUGAGAAAGCUCAUGUAUUCGGCACUUUGGGCCUACGUUUGGCAGCAGCUGUUUGCCAAAUUAAGUAUCAUGUGCUUAUACUAUCGUCUCUUUCAUGUCAACCAUAGGUUUCGUCUUUGCAUUUACGCGCUCGUGAUCUACCAUAUCGCGUGGGUCAUUAUAGUGUCUGUUAUGCUAAGUUUGUUCUGCCAGCCACUGGGAAAAUUCUUCGACCCACUCGUCCCCGGACAAUGUAACGGGGAAAUCACAUUCGUUGCCGUGACGGAAACCAUCAACUCGUUUGGCGACUUCUUGCUUGUCGCCUUGGCCAUGUAUAUGGUCCGCAUUCUUCAUCUGUCCAAAGUCAACAAGUGGCGGCUAAGAAUUCUCUUCGGAUCCGGAGCUCUUGCUGGAAUAAUAGGAUUUUUGAAAAUUGGCCUGUCCUUCAAUAGGUCAUGGUCUUUCAACGAGGCUUCCCUCUAUGUAUUUACGAUGGUGGCCAUCUGGUCCAAUGUUCAGGCAGCAGUAUGCAUUGUUUGCUGCUGCGCACCUGUCUACAAGCCAGUACUUCCUGGGUCAAGUUUUUGGAGCCGCUUCACAUCCAAAGCGAGCUUUGGCUAUCUCAAGAGGGGCCAAUACCACCCACAUGGCUCAAAUACUUCACCAAGCACCUCGAGCACUAAGCCAAGGGAGCCAAGCUGUGAGCACGAGGAGCAGGGGUGGCUAGCCCGCAAUGAAGGCAGCUCUCAGGGUCUUGUUUGGGCUGAGCCGAAGGGGUGUCAAUGCAAUGGUAUCAGCGCGCCCGGGGUCGUGUAUCCUCUGGAGGUAAUAAAGGUGCAGAGAGACAUCGAGGUGCUGCGUUGAACUUGGUACUUUGACUCGUUGUCUAUCAUGGAGUGUGACAAAAGUUUGGUCAGGCAGCAGGGUUCCGGCACCACUUUGGGAUUUGGAAGUAGUAGUUGGCGAAAUCCCAAGUACGGUUGUAACCAACACCACAUAUUCAAGAUCCUGUCUUGAGUGGUUCAGUUCCCUCCUCUCAUAGCUACCGCCUCUUAACUCCUCCUUCUAAGAUUUUUACCCUUUCAACCUCCUACACUCCAACCUGCCUAACUACCCCCGCGCCUCCGAACUUCUUACAUACUCCAGGGUACUGAAUCUUCCAUCCUCUCUGUCUCACAUCCUAUUAAUCUUCCAUCCU